UUAUGCACAUCAUUUUGUGUUUCAUUUCUUCUUUAGUGUGGAUGUUGGAGCUUGGAAGUGUUUUUUUUUUUGUUGUUAAAUAAUAUAUUAGUUCGGAGUUUUUGAAGUCAAAGUAAUGGAGAAUCAAAAUACUCACGUUGUUCAAUGGCUGAAUGAAAACCGAGAAGAUUCAUACGUUUCAGAAGCAGGAAGAGAUAAAAGGCUUGCAAGCAUUUUCAUGGUGCCAAUAACGCUCAAAGUAAAUGAUGUCGUCUUCACUCCUCAGGCGAUAUCUUUAGGGCCCUAUCACUUCCUCAAACCACACCUUGCUGAAAUGGAAUCAGACAAAUCUCAAAUCAUUGCACGGGCGGUUAUGAGGAAUCUUCCUUCAGAUUUCUUUGCUCCACUUCAAAAAGUUCGAGAUGGCAAGAGCCUUCCAGUUUUGCGGGACGACAACUUUCUCGGAAGUGUGGUCACUCGCUGCAGGGGCUACUACGGGGAUGCUCAGUUUCUCCGAAACCUGAACGAGGAGGCUUUUGCCAUGAUGCUGUUUAGGGAUGCUUCCUUUCUCCUGCGUUUCCUCGAAGACCAUCUUGACGAUCCUCAACAAAUAAGAAAAUCGGGGCAGCCUCAACAACAACGAGCCUCAGGUAACGGCAACUUCUUCCAUGAUCUCAAGUCAGCUACAGGUCUGUGGUUAGCUGUCAAGAUGGAUAUAAUUAAAUUUGAAAAUCAAAUCCCGCUACCUGCCUUAGAGUCACUCUAUGCUUUUAUUGGUAAUCCAAAUCAAUGUUUUAAGGACUUUGUUGCGAAAAUAUGCUCUAAGUACUCCCCACUUAACAUUCAACACGGCGGAGAACCAGAUUUAGGUACCCAUCGUCAUCUCCUGCAUUGUGUCCAUGCAACAGUCUAUAAAAAACCGCCUGAGCGUGUUGUCCAAGGAACUCCUAGUGGUGAACAUUCUACUGGUGUCUGGUCUCCUUUUACAUGGCUUAAUAACAUUUGUCUCUGGGUCAGAGGUAAUAAUAGUAAUGAGGGCUACGCACGGGUACAACCGAAAGAGGCUCGCCUUCGCAAUUAUGCAAAGACUGCGCUUCACUCUGCUUCAGAAUUAAGCAAAGCCGGAGUAAAAUUCAGGCGUUGCGAGGGAGGCAUUGAGCAGAUACGGUUUGACGAGGCCCAGUCCACUUUAUAUCUUCCUCAGUUGAGGAUUAGUAUAAUGACAGAGACGAUCAUUAGAAACUUGAUAGCCUUCGAGUUGUGUUCACCAGAGAUUGAACAGAAGGCCGUUACUGGUUUUACUCGUCUGUUAAAGGAGCUAACACAAGACGCCAAAGACGCUGAUGUGUUGAGAAGGAACGAAAUCUUUGCAAACUUGGGCGUGGGCGACGAAAAGAUGGUGGAGAUUGUGAAAGGCUUGAGCAGCUCAACAUGGAAUCCAUACUGUAAACCUGUUAACGUUGCCAGGGUUAGCCUCGAGGCUUACUACUCAAGAAGCACAUUGAGGAUCCUGUGGAAUGAAUUUCUGGAGACGUAUUGCUCAAAACCAUGGGUUUUAAUCUCCGCUCUCGCAGCCACACUGUUGCUUGUUAUGACUGCUGUGCAAGUCUUUUGCUUGUUCUACACCUGCAAUAAGAACUCGUAGAUCUUUUCUUUUGUCUAUAACCAGUAAAAUUGUGAAAUUUCAUUUGAUUGAUUUUCACAUACUGGUAUCUCUGUUUAUGUUAACUUAGUGAUGUUGCUAGUCUUAUGCAUGUUUUAGUUUGCACCAAAUUGAAUAAUACCUUAAGUAGUAAGAGUCUUGAUGUAAUUUAUGGCUAAUUUAGAGAAUGAUUAUUAGAUUGUGGUUAUGAAAUCUUUUAUCAUAUAGACAUAUCGAAGUGUUUGAUUUUCUAAUAUGAAA